GCUUUAGUAUUACUUAGCAAUAAUCUUCACGCCGUCAAAAUGUAAACAAAAACGUCUCUAGAAUAUGAAUUAUUGCCACGAAAAAAAUACGCUUUACAGAGAGGUUUUUAAUAUGAAUAAUGUUACAUUUAGGAGAAAAUUAACAGAUUUCUACAACUGAUCACCUGUCAUCGAUUUCUACAUCCUGUGCGUUAAUCAUUUUGACUCAUUGAAUCGGGUCAUUUAUAGCUUCCGCCUUCCUUCUUCAGCUGGUGUGACUUCAACGAUCCAACAUGAGACAGAUAGAAUGGUCGAUGUGGGCCAAUGAACAGGCCAUUAUAAGCUCAUCAGUGAUCAUGUUUGGAGGAAUCAUAGGCAUCAGUGGAUUUUUCACAGCGUGGGAGAUUGGAAUAUAUGCAGUACUAGUGGCCAUUCUGGUGUUUGUGGUCGAGUAUCCGCGGGGUAAAAGAGUCAAAGGAAGGACCACCGAGCGCAAAUUCCAAAAACUGUUCACCAGGCUUGUGAACUGUAGCGGGUUUCUUGGACGGAACUACUUCAUCAGAUUUUUAUUCCAUCUAAUAUUAUGUGUUCCAUUAUGUUUCAUUCUUGCCACCAUCAUGGGUGGACUCUGUCUGUUUGUUACCAGCAUGAUUUAUCUGGUGGCAGCAUUUAAAGGCGAGCAGUGGAAGCCGGUGGGACUGGAAGAAAAACCAGUAGAGGACACCAAAAAAGAACUUAAAUCAUUCCGUCAGCCAAAGAAACCACCACCGCGGGCGCCGCCUCAGGGGAUAGAGGACAACCAGCUCUGACCUUGGACUGAUUUUUGUUACCAAAUGAGAUUACAAUCAUUAACAUGUUAUUUAUGCAGUCUACAACUAUUUAUAAUCCAUUCACCUUAAUGCUUGUCAAAUUUUCAGAUUUUUUCUGAUCAUUCCAGCCUGUGGAUUUUUUUCAAGUGAAGGGAAUGGGGAGUGGGGAGUGUCAUUUCUAUAUGAAACAUACUUAUCUGUGAGAGAAUGGUGUGUGCCACAUGAGCUUUGUGAUUUUUAUGCUUUUGAAAAAAGAGAGGACACAUUGGUUUGCCUGUCUCUCUGUCAGGUGUUACUAAUCAUUCCUUCUCUUGAGAAUCCUUUGCUCGACAAACAUCAAACCUGGUGCACUAGUACCCCCUAAGGAGGUAGAUGACUUCCAUGGAUUUUGAAAUCACAAGGUCAAAGGUCAAACUACUCUGAACAUGAGAAAAUAUUGUCUGUUGAAUAUUUCAAGAGCCCUCUGCUUGACAGACAUCAAACUUGGUAGACUGGUACCACCCAACUAUUCACCAUCAUUAUAGACAAUUUAAAGUUGACUCUUUUCAGUAGGUUCUGCAACUGGGGGUGGGGAGGCACAUAAGUUUCUAAAACAUUUCUUGUUGUAUCUAUUUAUAACAUAUACUGUACAGUGCCAUAUUCUUAAUUCAUCUUGUGUGUUUACAUGUAUCAUCACUUCUGAGCUUUAUGAAUUAAACUUUACUUGUCUAAAA